AUGGUUUUGCCUCAAAUAGAACGGUUAAUUAAUUGGCUUAAGGAGGUUGACGUUGGAAGGAGUUUAGUGGGACAUGCGACUAAGAGGGAGUUCUUGCAAAUGAUGGGAACGACAAAACUGCAUGGAUGUUAUAGACUCUAUGCGGGAAAAACUUACGGUCGUCUGUUCUGGCUGCUUGUGGCUAUCUCAACGGGUGUAAUUUUUGUCAUCGUUUUGGCAGAAUUAACAAAACAAUACAAGGCGAAAAGUGUCAGAACACAGGUUGAAAUAGUAUACGAUUAUGCAGAUGGUCCAUCAAUAACGAUAUGCAGCUGUAAUCCUGUACGACGUGAUUACAUUGAAGAGCUGAAGAGAACGACAACUUUUUCCGAUGGACUGUUAAUGUAUCUGUUGCACACCUUUUUACGCCCAGAAGACUUCGUUGGAAUAAAUGCCAUGGAUAGUUUUCUUGACGGAGAAAGACUGCUGCAAGAUUAUAUGUUUACAUAUACGAAUUUUACUAUGGAAUCAUUUGUUAUGGAAGCCAGUUUCAAAUGUGAAGAGGCCUUUGUGCAGUGUGCUUUCGAAGGUAUCAUGUUUGACUGCUGUAAUGAAAGAUACUCAACCGUUGUACUCACCGACCUCGGAUAUUGUUUUCAAUUUGAUUGGAAUAAACUAAGCAAAGAUUUCAGCCUUUCCUACCACUUCGGGUCCGUUCAUGGAUUCCAAGUGAUGCUUGAUUAUCAGUCAUACAAUGAAAUUUACUUGGUGAAUUAUACAGAUAGCCGAAUAAGACAACCAUUUCCGAACAACUUUGAACCUGGUUUUCGGCUGUAUGUCCACGAUAAGGAUAUUAUUUCAUAUAUCAGUUCUGAAGUUCUUGUCGUCUCACCAAACAAUAAGUUGUCUGCAGGACUAAAGCCUAUUAAGUACCAGUUUUUGGAGCGAUCUAAAGGAGGUACUUGUCGUAAUGCUUGGCCCUCAGCUCUACCGCACAAUUCUACAUAUUCUUCAUCAGCUUGUAAAAUGACUUGCAUUGCGCGGUAUUUUAUUGCGAACUGUGGUUGUAUCCCUCUCCAGUAUAAUAUAAUGAAAGAAGGUAGACUUUGCUCUCCGAAAGAGGUCUUCGACUGUAUUAGCAACUUCACAGAAAUUGCGAGUAUUGUGCGUAAUAUUACUUACUCUCCCUUAUGCCAAGAUUGUGCAAUGGAAUGUGAAGUUUUUAUUUAUUUUACACAGAAUUCUAUUAUCCACAAUAUUCUUACCUCGCUGGGUGAAUAUAUGGAAAGCUUGAAGCAGCAGUAUAAUCCCAGCUAUGUCAAGAACAAUUUGGCAACUGUACAUGUGUUUUUUGCUUCAAAAAAGUAUAAGAUGUAUUCGCAGUCAACACUUUCCGAUUUGUCAAGCUAUUUAAGUAAAAUCGGUAGCGAUAUGGGUCUGUUCUAUGGUGCCAGUGUCAUCUCGUUGUUUGAACUGAUUUUAGUGUUGUUCAAAACAAUUUGGGCACUUGCUUCUCCAUCACGUGCUACUUAUCUCAAAAAGAAAGCCAGGCAAGAGAUGGAAAGAAAACUGCGCAUUGAAGAAAUCAUAAAUGAGUAUUCCAUACCAGAUAAAAUGGUUGGAUAUGCCCCACAAACAGCUAAACGCUCGCGACGUGAAGCGGAUCGAUUGAUGUCGUUGGCAUUAACACCGGAGCAAGCUAGUACAAUUUUGGAAGCAGAAACAUUUGUCGAUUCUAUAUAUGUUCCGUUGAGAAGGAAUAAGCUGUUAUCGACAAUUGGAGGUAACAACAGCAAACGAUGCAUUUCUAUAGUUUGA